GGGACAGCAGCACUUGCACUGAAAAUGGAGCGAAAGGAUUAAGUUAAAUAUUUAACUUCCAAAAAGGCGGAUUCAAGCUUGAAGCUCUUUGACAUGAAGGGAUAACGUCAACAGGUGACAUUUAAACUUUCGAGGCGAGUAAAGAGGGCGGUGUCGGAGCCUGGAGGGAAUGCAAAACACCCGUUUGCGACUCUUUUCCGGUUAACAUGGGCUACCAGAUCAACUCCAGGAACACAGAUUACACUGCGCAAACAGAUAAAAUGCCCACAGUGGAUGAGGAUCUAGAAAAUGCACCACUCCACACAAGAGCCACGGCAAAGAUCAAGAGUGGCAAGAAGCUCAUUUUUACCUUGAUUCUAUUCCUCUUUGUGUUGCUUUUCCUCCUAUUCCUCAACGCAAGAACCAGGAGCAUUCUCACCUGGGAUAAGCCACUGCCUAAAAACACAGGCGGUGAAGAGAUCAACCAUCACACCGCGUGUGAAAAGAGAAAUAACCAAACCAGGCAAAGGGAAUGCUCUCCUCACAGCGGACCUGGAAAAAUCUGUACUCCCGUGGAAGAAGCAGCCACCUUUCAUCAUGUGGGCGGCGCAAAGACCUACGUGGUUAGUCCUUACUUUGAGCACAGGAAGGGACAAAGACAGGUCCGCAUUAUUUCCAUUGUGCAUCGGACAGAGAACGCGGUGCACUACUGCUUGUUCAGCUGCAUGGACCACCUCGCGUCUACCCGAGCCACCACCAACCUCCACGGCAGCCACUUCGACUUCCCCUACGGUACAGCCGACCUGCUUUGCGCUGUCCCCGACGGCUGCGACCCGACGCACGUGGCAGUCUACACCGACCAAGGCCAGCCCCAGAACAUGUCCUUCCUGCCCGUCCGGAACCGCCAGGCCCGAGACGCAGGCUUCCCUGCCGAGUUCGCCGUCUGCAUUUCGACCAUGUUUGGGAAUUUCGACAACGUCCUGCAGUUCGUGCAGGCCAUGGAGAUGUACCGGAUCCUGGGAGCUCAGAAGGUGGCCAUCUACAAGAGUCAGUGCAGCCCGGCCAUGGAAACGGUGCUGGAUUACUACACCGGAGUGGGUUUUGUAGAGGUCAUACCAUGGCCCAUAGACUCCUAUAUCAAAGUGUCUUCCAGCUGGACUCCUUCCCUUUCUCCAGGAGAUCUGCACUAUUACGGUCAAAUCCCAGCCUUGAAUGACUGCGUCUACAGGUACAUGUACCAAACGCGGUACCUCCUCUUGAAUGACAUCGACGAGAUCAUUCUGCCCUUGAAGGCCAAGAACUGGAGGGACUUAGUGAGCGACCUGGAGGCCCAGUAUGGCAACACGUCAAGCUUCUACUUCGAGAACAACGUUUUCCGCAACAACGUCUUCGAGAAGAGCGGUAAGUUUAAGAUCCCGGAGUGGCAGGGAAUCCCGGGAGUUAACUUCCUCCAGCACAUCUACCGGGAACCGAUUCCCAAACCACACUUUACCACGGGAAAGCUGAUGGUCAACCCCCGAAAAGUGUUUCAGCUUUCGGUCCACCACGUUACAGAACAGACCGGCACCACAGUGGAGGUGUCCGACCAGCUGGGGAGACUGUACCACGUCAGGCGGCCGAAGCAGGACAACUUGAAAGAGGAGGACCUGAUUCGGGACGAAGGCCUUUGGACUUAUGCCUCUGAACUCACGGAGGCCGUUACCGACGUGUUCAAGAAAACAAACCUCUUAAAAAAAAAAAAGCUAGAUCAAAGCUGAAGUCGCGGAUGAAGAUUUGUUCAAGUUGAAAUUUUCGUGUUAUUUAAAUCAUGUGAUCAGUGAACAUUUGCUUUUCCUUUACAUAGUCUAUAAACAUUGGUAUUUGUUUUAACAGACAAAACAUGACGAUAUGAAACUCCUUUAAGGGAACAGCUCACUGGUGAAAGGGGCUGUCCUGUGUCUGAUCAGCAGUUCACACUUACCUCUCAGUCAGCGGAGUUGGCAUGCUCAGCUCAGGUGCCUUUGGUCUACUCAGGUCUUUUGGUCAGAUCCCUUAGUUUGUGUUUCCUGUGUCAAAACUCUGCUUUGAAUCCCAAGAAAGCUCCACUAGAGGUCACCCCUCACUGCUGGGGGCCGGCGACUCUGUCCAUAAGCCUAUUUCCACUCCUGCAGAAAACUGCAUCCUUAGAGCAGAACCUACCAAACACGGCCUUCAGAAUACAAUCAAGAAACCCCAAAUAAAGAGAAGUUCACACAAUUAAGUAAGAGUCCUUCAAUCUCGGGGGGGGGUGGGGUACGUUCAAUGCAAAUUAUGUAAAUUUUUAAACUUUUUUGUAAUUUAAGGCUGCCCACAGAAAUGACUGAACAUUACUCCUUGGUUUUCAACAGCAACAAUUUAUUGUGAGUUCCCCAGGGAAAACAAAUCUUGAAACACUUUCUUUAAAAAACAAACAGACGACAAGGUAGUGCAACAUUUCCAGUCUCCUGUAACCAGCUGUUCUCAGCAUUCUGGAGAAAACAAAUCCACCCAACUUCCAUGGCUGAAGUUGCCUCUUUUUAAAGAAGGCUCCUCGGAACUCAUAGACCUUUUUCCUCCCCUGUUUUACAAAAUAUAAUUCUGACCUUUUAUUACAAUUGAAAAUUGAUAAAAUUGUUUUAAGUCUGAAGACAUUUUCAGAAUGAUGGGAAACAUGGCAUUAGACAAAAUGUAACAAACAACAAACCAAAUUAUCUUUUUAUAAUAUAUAGUGGUAACAUUGUGCUUUUACAGUACAAUUUAUUUUUAAAAAAAGCUUAUUAGAUGAUUGAUUCCUUUCAUUCGCAACUGCCAUCUUCAAAGCUCACAAGGACUUUACCCAGAAGUAAAAUUAUGACUUAAAAAAACUAACUUUUGGCAUUUUAUAUGCAUAA